AGCUCGUGAAAGUAGCAUCUUUACGGCUUUUUCGUUGUGCGCAUGCGCUGAGCAGUCCGCGAGAAAACAUGGCGUCGUCCUCCGGUAGCUCUGUUUGGGACAUACCACGAGUAUACAAACAUCAUGAGCAACAAAAAGUCUGUGACACAAGACCAAAGUACAGGGAGGGAAGAAGACUGAAAGCCGUCAAGGUGUACACUAUUAAUUUGGAGUCUCGGUUUCUCCUGGUUCAAGGAGUACCUGCUAUUGGCGUGAUGACAGAACUGGUUCAACUUUUUGCACUUUAUGGAGCAAUAGAGGAAUAUAGAGUUCUUGAUGAAUAUCCAGCUGAACAAUUCACUGAAGUAUAUCUCAUAAAAUUUCAGAAACUUACAAGUGCAAGGGCUGCUAAGCGGAACACUGAUGAAAAAAGUUUUUAUGGUGGGAUACUUCAUGUCUGUUAUGCUCCUGAACACGAGUCUGUAGAAGACGUAAGAAAGAAGCUGCAAGACAGGAGGCGCUACAUAAACAGAGCGUGUAAUAAAUCAGAAACAGAAUGUCAAAAGGAACGCACAGGGUCCAAAAAACCUGCGGACUCGUCAGCACCGGAACCGGCAAACGCACGGGGAGAUGGAGACCGCGCUCAAACGGAGACUUCAAAUCCCAACACUUAUUCAGGGUUUCCACUGUUGCCCUUACCAUCACAGGAAGAAGCCCCUCAGCAGUGUUUAUCUUCAUGGGGAUUUAAAUCACACAGUCUACAAACAAGUGAACCUACAGAGGAUAAGAUGGGAUCGCUACAUCAUUUCAUCCCAGCUAACGAAGUACUUUCUAAACAGACCUCAAAUUUUACAAACUCAGCAUCUGCUAAAAAGGACGAAAGAGACAGGACUCAAAAAUCCAAAAAUCCUCCAUUCAUUGCACCAAGGUUUAUACCAAGGACAACACAUUUGGAAAACAGAAAGAGGAAAAUGGAGGAUAGUAUGGAUUUGUUGGGAAUGUCAGACAAAAAUACUCCCAUGUUUGGACCAAAACUACCAGAACAAGAGAGAAUGGACAUGAAAGAUGCUUCAUUAAACACAACAGCCAACUUAAUCAGGCAAACAAUGGCAAAGGUUUCUACAUUUCCCACAGAAACAAAAACCACCAGUACCACCACCUCAAAGCCACGAAGAAGAAUUUAACCACAUUCAAACAAUUCCUACAGAGUAACACACGUGUUACAGGAGCUGCACAACCUUGUUGUGACGUUGUUAUUUAAGUGAUUCAGGGCCUCGUUGUAUCCUGGAAUGCGUGUUGCUCAAAAGCCUGUAUACACUGCAAAAAAAAGGAUAUUUACUAAAUAGCAUUUUGUAUACUACUAAAAAAAUUGAUGAACAUCUUAUGUGUGUUUCUGUUACUUUUACCUUUGUGUCAGGAAGACAAGAUCCAAAAGCCUCUAAUAACAGAUUUUCAUCCCUCACAGCCUUUUCAAAGUCUGAAUAGGAAAGUCUGCUGUCGUGGUCAUAAUCCUGGACAUGAACAGAAUAAAUAUGAAUUAAACUGUUA